AUGUCUGAUCUCCACCACCCUCUCGAGAAUCUCAUCAACACCUUCAACGAGCUCAACGCUCCCACUGUGGAGGAACUCUUCUCCGAGCCCAGCCCCCUGGAGUUUAUGCGCUAUGUGGCUCGCAAUACGCCAUUCGUGAUCCGAGGAGGAGCCUCCGGCUGGAAAGCGACCAAGAAAUGGGAUUCUGCCUAUCUCAGGACGGCUCUCGAGGGCCAAUCCGUCAAUGUCGCGGUCACUCCGUUUGGCAACGCCGACGCCCCGACCUUUUCUCCCCAGCAUAACGCAACUGUCAUUGCAAAGCCUCACGAAGAGACGCAGCAGUUUGGCGACUUCUUCACAUACAUCAUCCGGCAAGAGACGGACCCGGCGUUCCCACACGACUCCGAAGUGAGAUAUGCUCAAACCCAAAACGACAAUCUCCGGGAUGAGUAUCUGCCGCUGUAUCCCGAUGCCCAACGGGACAUACCUUUCGCGCGGAUAGCCCUGGGCAAAGAGCCGGACGCCAUCAACCUCUGGAUCGGAAACUCGCGGUCCACGACGGCCAUGCACAAGGACAACUUUGAGAACAUUUUUGUGCAGAUAGUCGGCCGGAAGCACUUUGUCCUUCUUCCGCCACUGCUCCACGCGUGCGUCAACGAGGACCUUGUCUUGCCGGCGACGUACGUCCGACAGGGCGAGGGCUUCACUCUCGCUGUCGACCCAGAUUCUCCGCUGGUGCCGCUGGCGACGUGGGACCCUGAUGACCCUGAACGAAAUGCCACGCCGUUGUCCGCUUUGGCGAGGCCGCUUCGUGUAACGCUGGAUCCUGGAGAUAUGCUCUACCUGCCUGCUAUGUGGUAUCACAAGGUUAAGCAGUCAUGCCCCGAUGGCGGCGAAGGGUUUGUUCUCGCGAUAAACUAUUGGUAUGAUAUGGACUUCAGCGGGCCUCUCUAUCCCAUGACUUCGUUUCUUCGCGAACUGGGAACCUUGAAGCCGCGUAAGUCGCCUGCAGCAAAAAACGCCGCAUAG